AUGGACAUUCAGGGUCCUUUUAGACCCUCAUCACUUGUAGUUUCUCAUGAAGUGGUAACUCCAAUCCAAAUUGAUGUUGGUGAGGGUGAUUUAGGGUUAGCAUUAACCUUAUACAAAUCAGCAACACCUGAAUUUAGUAGGUCUAAAGGUUGGAAACAUAGUAAAAGGGCAUUGUCUUGUAGUAGAAAGCUUAACUUGGAUGGGGAAGGUGGUGAAAAAACAAUGGCAAGUGGUGAAGUUUAUAAAGGUAAGGGUGUAGAAGGAUCUGCAGAUGAAUUUGUUGUAGUUGAUGUAGAAAAAGAGUUAAACAAAGAGAUUGACGGGAAUGAAGAACUUGACAUGAACAAAUCCAAUGGGUUUGAAGACCAAGAUAGCAUUCCAUUUAAUGGUUUUGAAGGACAAGAUAAUAUUCCUUUCAAUGAUGAGUGGAGACAAGAGGAGCCUAAUGACAUUGAGUUUGAGAAUCAAAACAGUGAAGAUGAAGAUAGUGACUUUAUGAUUGAUGGGGACAACAUAAUUGAAGAUGUUGAAGUUAACAUGGAGGAUUUCAAUCUAAUUAUUGAUACAGAAGCAGAGUUCAAUGGAUGUCAAAGUUUAGGUGGUCAAAGAAAUGAAGAUAGUGAUGAAGAAGAGGAUGUGGAGGUAAUUGAUAAUGACGAGUUGGAUUCACUAAGUGAUGACUCAGGGGACAACAGGAAAAGAAGAGAAAUGAUCAAAGAGCUGGGGAAACAAACAUUAUGUUCUGCUGGUGAGGUGCACAAGGUAGCUUUUCAUAUUAUACAGAAAUAUAAAGCCAAGAAAGAAUUGAAAGAUAAAGUUGACCUGCAUGCUUUAGAGACAAAGAGGAAUAUCUCAUUCACAAAAAAUGACAAGAGUAGAUUAACAACUGUUUGUGAUGGAUCUGUAGUUUCAAAUGCAAGUGGGGUAGGUGGACCUACCUCUAGGGAAAAUGUAAAGGGUAAAGAUGUAAACUCAGAUAAAGUUAAAUGCACAUGGAAACUUCAUGCUUCUAGGUCAAGUGAACAGGACUAUUGGUUUAUUAAGACCUAUAAUCAGAAACACAUUUGCCUCCAAACACAAAAAAUCAGAUCUUGCACAGCAACAUUUCUUUCCAAACGUAUUAUGGAUCAGAUUAAAGCUAAUCUUGGACUGCCUGUUCGUACCCUACAAGAGCAACUCCAAUCAACUUAUGGAGUUAGUAUUUCAGAAGAGAAAGCAUUUAGGGCAAAAGCAUUAGCCACCAAAAAUGUUGCAGGAGAUUACGUAAAGCAAUAUGCAGCUUUGAGAGACUAUGUACUAGAGCUACAAAAGACAAAUGAAGGUACAGCUGUAAAGAUUGAUGUGGUUUAUGAACCUGUGGUUUCAUCCCCAACCAGGCAAUUCAAAAGGAUAUACGUGUGUUUAGGUCCUUUAAAGAAAGGAUUUAAGUGUCUUGCGGAAGAUCUUGACUUGUAUUCAAAUUCCAACUUCACCUUUAUCAGUGAUAGACAGAAGGGUCUUCUACUAGCUAUAGAACAAUUGUUUCCUAAUGCAGAACACAGGUUCUGUAUUAGACACAUAUACCAGAACAUGAGGAUCAGAUUUAUGACUACAGAGUACAAGGAGUAUUUUUGGAGGUGUGCUACAACCACCACCAUACCAGAGUUUGAAGUUGUAAUGGUAGAGCUAAAGAAUUAUGACAUAGAAGCAUAUCAAUGGCUCUUGAAAAUUGGGCUAGAAGUCAUUUUUCAGGAAGGGCAAUUUCAGACAUGUUAUUAA